AUGAGCGCACAAUCGAAUAUUUUGAUCGGAAUUAAGACAUUGAUUAUUCUGAUUCCACUUCUUCUUACUAUUCGUUUUGGAGUGAUUCAUCUGUACGAGAACAGUGAGGAAUGUCCGAAAGAUGAGAGAUUGGAGUUCGAUAGAUGCUCACUGAAGCUCUCCGCAUUUGGCGUCAACUACCGUAUGUGGCAAUCCGCCAACUUCCCUGCCCAGGACCUUCAACUUAUUUCAAAGCUGAAAUUACAGUGUCAAGAAGUUCCAAAAUGCUUUGAGAAUGUUCCUUCCCACUGCAAGGAGACCCCUUCAGCAAUAGAGAGCUUCCCAAUGUGGUGUCGACGAAUCUAUUUUUUCAGUGGGCCAUUUUCGAAAUGUGCCGGGAAGAUUAACCAAAUCUCUGGCAGUAACGAGUGCGCCGAAAACUUUUUGGAUUCCAAAUUUUUCGAAAAAUCGCAUGAGGCCAAGUGUCAAAUUUUGGCAAAUAACAAGGAAUGUAUCCAUGAAAGCGUUGCCAAAACUUGUGCGAAAGUCAUGGCUGAUGUAUUGGCGCAGCACAUCAACACGGAACAAACAAUCAUCGGAUGCUAG